UACUUUUGAAGCCCCAAUUCUAUACUAUAUUAUUUAAUCGAAACAUCGUUGUUUUGUACUAUCUUUUUCAAGGUUAUCAACACCCUAAAAGCAAUAACGUGGAGCAAACGAUUGCUCGGUUAUUCUGGAAUUUGGCCAUUGGAAGUUCGGGACUCGUUGUUCCUACCAUUUUUGUUUUACGGAUUUGUUUACAGUAUUUUAGGAUUUCUCGAUUUAACAGAUUUCAUCACUGAUUUCCAUUACGUACUGACAAACAUUAUGGAGAACAUGCUCAUGUUUAUGACACUGACGAAAUUUGUGAUAUGCCGAAUGAAGUGUCAAUCUUUGUCAAGAUUUUUGAUAGAAACGGAAAACGAUUACAUCAUCGAUAAUUAUAAAACCAAAGAGGAGAAACUGAUUUUUAUGAAGUAUAACAAAAUUGCCUCUAGAUUUAUCACUAUUACAUUUCCAUGGAUGACCUUAGUACUUGUUUUGCAUUAUUUUAAUGCUGUCAUACCGAAUAUACUUAUGGUUAUGGCGAAUUCUUCAAUGGAAUAUAAAUUACCAUAUAAAAUAAAGCCGUUACUGAAGCCGUCCGAUGCAAAAAGUUAUGCGUUUGGUUGCAUACACCAAUUUUUCGGCAUAACAUUGGUCCUUUCCGGUUACGUCGGAACUGAUUGUUUAUUGGCUUGUACCGGUUUUCAUCUUACCGGUCAAUUGGCCAUAUUGAAAUGUAGAGUGAAGGAUUUUUUAAAGAAUACCGAUGGUUCUCAGGGACGCAUUCGACAAAUGAUUCUUCGACAUUAUCGUUUGAUAAGAUUAGCGGAUAUAUUAGAAGAUAGUUUUAGUAUUGUAAUUUUUCUACAUUUGGUAGGUUCAACGAUUCUACUUUGUACGUCGAGUUAUCAAAUGCUCUUCAGUUUAGCGGAAUUAGAAAGAGUCUAUAUAUUUACAUUCCUUAUAUACGUUUGCCUUUUGUUAUGCACAUUGUUUGGUUAUUGUUACAUCGGUGAAUGUCUCAUCGAGGAAGUAAUUAAUCGAAUUCUUAUUGAAUUGCAAUUCAAUCUGUAAUUUGAUUCAAACUUUUAUUGAUACGAUUUUGUUUCUUCUUUUUUUGUUUUCCUUCUGUAAUUCAGAGCACGAACUUGUGCGAAGCGAUUUAUCAUUGCAACUGGUACGAGUUAUCGACGAUCAAUUUAAAAUCUAUUUGCAUUUGUAUGGUUCGUGCUAGAAAACCACUGCAAUUGACUUGUGCGAAGUUUUGCGUUGUGUCCUUGUGCACGUUUACCGACGUGAGUCGUUAU